CCUCCCUCCAGCCGCCGUUUGCGCGUUGGCUAAACAAUGUGCGAUGUUGCGACCACUCUUUCGAGCCAAGUCCCGGACGACUGCGACGACACCCCGCAGCGGUCUCCUGUCUCAAACAGCAGCAAGAUGGCAAUCUCAACCUCGAGGCCCUUUGCACACAACGUGGACGUCGUCGCCGCCUGCGAGGUCCUUUGGCAUCCUGAGUGGAGUAAACGUCCCCCGGAUUAAUCGAAGAGGCGGCUUCUACCAACCGGCCAGCGCGACCGUGCUGCCCAGUGCCGAUAUCGGGAUUUCGCAGCUGAGGAGGCCAUGUGGGGUGAGAAUGUUCCAUUCGACAAAGCGAAACGAGGGGCUGCCUGCGCUCCUGCCAGUGAUCUUAGGUGCUCUCAAGGCAUCAACGGCGCUCGAAACCGCGAGGAUGAUAGGCAGAGUCGCGCUCACCUUCGCCCCCGUGAUACUUUUCAAGAAUCACAAGUCGAAGAAAGUACUCAGAUACGUGGAUAAUCUCAACAAUCCACAGCUGGAGGAGAAGCGGACGACCAUCCUCAAACGAAUACGAAAGCGUCAAAUUCUGUUUCAUGCACUUGUCUUGACUCCCAUCGUCUUGUUCUGGGCGGCGAUAUUCGCUAGCCUGGAGAGAACGCCUCUGACGGGAAGAUGGCGAGUCAUUCUCCUUGCCCCGGAGGAAGAAGAUGAGAUAGCCAACCAGCUGGCGGGUGCGGGCUGGUUCUCGGCUGUGGGCGAGAUACUGUCGGAGAAUGGAGCUCCCACCAUUGUACCUCCAAGUGACUGGCGCUACGUCUGGGUCAACCAGAUCCUGCGCCAGCUCGAGGGCAUCAUCCCGGCGAUCACCGCCGAGGGCAAGAUGCCCCCACUAUGGCUUGAAAGGGGCGAAAACGACGUGCCGCUUCCGCCCCCGGCAAAGUAUCCUCUGAAGCCGCGACCACGAGGCGCAGAAUGGCUCAGGAAUAUGUGCGAGCUGCUCUCGGGGCAGAAGACUACCCAUAUUUCGCCGCACACGAUACAAGGCCCACCGUACUCUUUGAUGCUCGUCGAGAACCCCGACGUCUCGAAUGCCUUUUCGUACGGGUUCGGUCCGGACGGCGCCGGCGGCAUCGUAGUUUACACCGGUUUCCUGGAUGAAAUUAUCGCUAAAACCUCCAAUAAUGCCGACCCCCAGCCAGCAAAUUCGUCCUGGUGGUCGUCUUUCCUCGGCGGAUUUUCAUCGGUCGCGGCUCGUCCGCCCCACCCUGUACAAACGCCGCAGCAAUCCACGGACUUGGCUAUUCUCCUCGCGCACGAACUCUCCCACCUGCUGCUCGCCCAUCAUCUCGAAACCCUCUCCUCCGCCACGGUUGUCGUCCCGGGCUUGCUGUCCAUGCUCGCCGACGUUGUUCGUGUCUUGCUUUUCCCCGUGACCAUGGUCUUUGGCCCAUUCGUAAAUGACGCCGUCGCGCAAAUCGGCAAGAUGGGCCAUGCAGAUUUGACGAAGUUGACGGAGACUUGUUCUGGGGUGAAACAGGAAAUCGAGGCAGACGUUGUCUCCGCAAGGUUACUUGCGUAUGCAGGCUAUGAUCCCCGUGAAGCGGUGAACUUCUGGCAGAACAGAAGAGGAUGCUCCCCAAAUCCACCUGAGAGCGAACAGGCUGAAUCUCCAGGCCACCGCAGCUUCCAAGGGAGCCACGGGCAUCCCAUUGAUGAAGUGCGAGUUGAGAAACUUCGGGAAGAACUUGUCCGAUGGCAGACAGAACGCGAGAGAGUGCUCUCGGAGAGAGCAGCAGAGAAACAGGACGAUGCCUCUUGACUACCUCAUAUUGAUGGGUCUUGCUUCAUUGUAUAUAUUCGCACUUUCUUUCGGUCAACCCACAAUGUAUAUCGUCUGCUAAUAACAAACUAUCC